AGUUAAUUACCUAGACCAAGAUAAACUUUAAAUUUCAAAUUAUCUUUAUCAGUUAUCCUAUAGGUAGAGAUAAUGAACUGAUUGGAAUGUAGAGAAUGUGAUGGCUGCUGCUGAGCUUAAGAAGUUUACUUCUCUUUUCAUCAAAAAUCAAGAGCAAGAUCCUGACACAGUAGAAUUACUCCCCCUUGAACCUGAACCCUCUUCCUCUGCCACCAUGUCAAACGAAGGGGGAUCAGGCUACAACUCCUGGAUACCUAAUGUUUGGAACAAUGCGGUCCAGGAGGACCCGUGGAUGCCAGCCAUGACAAAGCAACAGCGCCUCAUGGGUUUCAUGGCAUUCCUGCUAGGGGGGUGGCUUUGUUUCGGACUCUCCAUUAUCUACAUCCCCUUCAUCCUGAUAAAAGCUAGAAAAUACGUCCUGUUAUUCUCUCUAGGAAGUGUGUUUACUCUGGGUAGUUUCUCAAUGUUGUGGGGCCCUGGAACCACCUUGACCCACCUGCUCAAGAGAAACAGACUACCUUUCACUGUCUCCUACUUCUCUACCCUCUUCCUUACUAUCUACACUGCUAUGGUUAUGAAGAGCACUGUAUUGACUGUUCUGUGUGCUGCUGCCCAGUUUGUCGCUCUUAUGUGGUACGUGUUUAGUUAUGUACCUGGAGGUGUCACUGGACUUAAGUUCUUUACUAAGUUAUUUUCUAGAGCUGUGCUGAAGAAGGCUCAAAGUACCUUGCCUAUAUAGAUUACAGAUCAGAGUAAAAUUAAGUUUGUUUUCAUCAUAGGAGCAUGCUGUGGUUUAACUUGCAUGUUUGAUAGGGGUUGACUGUUGAGACAUAAGUUUAUCAAAUAUAUUGCAUGAUUGUUGUUUAAACAUAAUUUAAUUUUGGUAAUAAAUUAUUUGACUGUACUACUAAAC